AAUCCUGCUAGUUCAACAAAUAAAACUCUUUCCUUUUCUGUGUUUCUCCCAGUCUCCACCCCACUAUGUGUACUUAAAAUUUCUAUAGUUCUAUCAUCAUGGCAGGAAUACAGCUGACAUCCCACUUUUUUUCACGUAAUAUCGCAUCCUGAGCUUUUGUCCCUCAUGCCUCGUUGUCUCCAUAAUUACCCUUUUUAAUGGAUGUGAUGCAGUCCUCCAAGCAGGCUGACAUCCCCUUUUUUACCUGACCCGUCCAAGUUCUCAUCCGGGAUGGUUACUGAGAGCCUUGCCAGGCGGGCUGUGUGGGGUGGGGAGCUUGCGUGGGCCCUGCUGUGACCAGCCUUCUCCUCCACCUGCAGUGCAGGCUGAUGCCAUCAUAGUUUUCGUCGUCAACAGGCCUUUAUGAAGCACCUUGGUGAAUACAUCCUGGCCCCGGCGGGGAGGGAUCUUCUGCAGAGGUCAUCCCACCAGCCCCUGACAUCCAAGGCUUGUUGGCUCGAACAGGCAGCAUAUAUGUCAACCAACCACGACAGCAUCCGAAGACUGGGCUGUAGGCCCCAGGCACAGGGUGCCAAAGCAGAUUCUUAGGCAAUAUUCAUGACAGGAGUAAGUGCAUCUGGAAUGCAAAGACAGGCUGGAUUCCCAAAGGGAGUCAGGGCCUUGAAUCCUCUCCUCCCCCUGACUGCAGGCUUCUGGAAGGACAUGGGAGUGUAGAAGCGAUGGGAGGGAGGCAGGAGCAGCUUGACAGGUGAAGGACUCGGGGUCAAGUGUUCCAGGCUCCAGUGUACAAGUGCACAGCCUGGGAGAAAACUAGAGACUACCGGAGAUGUUCCUCCUGAGACCUUCCCGCCACCCUCUCGUCUCACCUCGGCGCCCCUUUCUCUUCCCCCUGCAGGUGUUCCAUGAGCAGGGCAUCCUCUUCGGCUACCGACAUCCACAGAGUUCCGCCACGGCCUGUCUCCUCAGCCUUUUCCAAAUGACCAAUGAGACCCUCAACAUCUGGACGCACUUGCUGCCCUUCUGGUUCUUCAUGUGGAGGUUUGUGAGCACCCUGCGUGUGACGGACGUCCUGAAUGACAGCUACUCCUGGCCUCUGCUCGUGUACAUGGGCGCCAGCUGUGUGUACCCCCUCGCAUCCAGCUGUGCACACACCUUCAGCUCCAUGUCCAGGAACGCCCGGCACAUCUGUUACUUCCUGGACUACGGCGCCGUCAACCUCUUCAGCCUGGGCUCGGCCAUCGCCUACUCUGCCUAUGUGUUCCCGGACGCGCUGGUGAACACCGUCUUCCACGACUACUACGUGGCCCUGGCUGUGCUGAACACCAUCAUUAGCACCGGCCUCUCCUGCUAUUCCAGGUUUCUUGAGGUCCAGAAGCCCAGGCUCUGUAAGAUGCUUCGUGUCCUGGCCUUCGCUUAUCCCUACACCUGGGACUCCCUUCCCAUCUUCUCCAGGCUAUUCCUCUUCCCUGGGGAGAGUGCACAGAACGAAGCCAUCUUGUACCACCAGAAGCACAUGGCCGUGACCCUCCUGGCCUCUUUUCUCUACUCCGCGCAUCUGCCGGAGCGCCUGGCUCCUGGACGCUUCGACUACAUCGAAUGCAACGUGAUUCAUCUGAUGAGUUUCAUGUAACAAAGCCUCUCCCAAGAGCUCCCACAGUGGGAAGAGAAUGAGCUGGAAAGGAGAACUAAGACACCCAGGAAACCACCAGUGAAAAAAGGAUCCCAAACGAGUCUUAAAGACCCCGUUGGGGUGUACUGCAGGGUACGCCCACUGAGCCUCCCAGAGCAAGAGUGUUGCAUAGAGGUGAUCAGUAAUACAACAGUUCAACUUCAUCCUCCUGAGGGUUACAGGCUCAACCGAAAUGGAGACUAUAAGGAGACUCAGUAUUCAUUUAAACAAGUAUUUGGCACUCAUACCACCCAAAAGGAGCUCUUUGAUGUUGUGGCUAAUCCCUUGGUAGAUGACCUCAUUCACGGCAAAAAUGGUCUCCUUUUUACAUAUGGUGUGACGGGAAGUGGAAAAACUCACACUAUGACUGGUUCUCCAGGGGAAGGAGGACUGCUUCCUCGCUGUUUGGACAUGCUCUUUAACAGUAUAGGGUCGUUUCAAGCUAAACGAUACGUUUUUAAAUCUAAUGAUAGGAAUAGUAUGGAUAUACAGUGUGAAGUUGAUGCUUUAUUAGAACGGCAGAAAAGAGAAGCCACGCCUAAUCCAAAGACCCCCUCUAGCAAACGACAAGUAGAUCCAGAGUUUGCAGAUAUGAUAAAUGUACAAGAAUUUUGCAAAGCAGAAGAGGUUGAUGAAGAUAGUGUCUACGGUGUAUUUGUCUCUUAUAUUGAAAUAUAUAAUAAUUACAUAUAUGACCUAUUGGAAGAGGUGCCGUUUGAUCCCAUAAAGCCUAAACCUCCACAAUCUAAGUUGCUUCGCGAAGAUAAGAACCAUAACAUGUACGUUGCAGGAUGUACAGAAGUAGAAGUGAAAUCUACUGAGGAGGCUUUUGAAGUUUUCUGGAGAGGCCAGAAAAAGCGACGAAUUGCUAACACACAUUUGAAUCGUGAGUCCAGCCGUUCCCAUAGCGUGUUCAACAUUAAAUUAGUUCAGGCUCCCUUGGAUGCGGAUGGAGACAAUGUCUUACAGGAAAAAGAACAAAUCACUAUUAGCCAGUUGUCCUUGGUAGAUCUUGCUGGAAGUGAAAGAACUAACCGGACAAAAGCAGAAGGGAACAGGUUACGUGAAGCUGGUAACAUUAAUCAGUCACUAAUGACGCUAAGAACGUGUAUGGAGGUCCUGAGAGAGAAUCAAACGUAUGGCACUAACAAGAUGGUUCCAUACCGCGAUUCAAAGUUAACCCAUCUGUUCAAGAACUACUUUGAUGGGGAAGGGAAAGUACGCCUGAUCGUGUGUGUGAAUCCAAAGGCCGAAGAUUAUGAAGAAAGCUUGCAAGUCAUGAGAUUUGCAGAAGUGACCCAAGAAGUUGAAGUAGCAAGACCAACAGACAAGGCAAUAUGUGGUUUAACGCCAGGAAGGCGAUACAGAAACCAGGCCCGGGGAGGUCCUGUUGGAGAUGAACUGCUGGUUUCAGAAGUGGUUUUGCAGAGUUUUCCACCUUUGCCAUCCUGCGAAAUUUUGGAUAUCAAUGACGAGCAGACUCUUCCCAGGCUGAUUGAAGCACUAGAGAAACGACAUCACCUACGACAAAUGAUGAUUGAUGAGUUUCACAAACAGUCUAUUACUUUUAAAGCUUUGUUGCAAGAAUUUGACAAUGCUGUUUUAAAUAAAGAAAACUACAUUCAAGGAAAACUAAGUGAAAAACAAAAGGUGAUCUCAGGACAGAAAUCGGAAAUUGAACGACUGGAAAAGAAAAACAAAACUUUAGAAUACAAGGUUGAGAUUUUAGAGAAAACAACGACUAUCUAUGAAGAAGAUAAGCGCAAUCUGCAACAGGAGCUGGAAACCCAGAAUCAGAAACUUCAGCAACAGUUCUCUGACAAGCGCAGACUAGAAGCCAGGCUGCAAGGCAUGGUGACAGAAACAACCAUGAAGUGGGAGAAAGAAUGUGAGCGUCGAGUGGCAGCCAAACAGCUGGAGAUGCAAAAUAAACUCUGGGUGAAAGAUGAAAAACUGAAACAACUGAAGGCUAUCGUUAUUGAACCCAAAACUGAACGGCCAGAGAGACCCUCUCGGGAGCGCGAUCGAGAAAAAGCUACUCAAAGAUCUGUUUCUCCAUCACCAGUACCGCCUUCUAGUAACUGUAUUGCUCAGAUUUCCAACGGCCAGCAACUCAUGAGCCAGCCACAGCUACAUAGGUGCUCUAACUCUUGCAGCAGCAUUUCUGUAGCUUCCUGUAUUUCGGAAUGGGAGCAGAAAAUUCCUUCGUACAACACACCUCUCAAUGUCACAUCUAUUGCAAGGCGUAGGCAGCAGGAGCCAGGACAAAGUAAAACUUGUAUCGUGUCAGACAGAAGGCGAGGGAUGUACUGGACUGAAGGCAGGGAGGUGGUUCCUUCACUCAGAAAUGAGAUAGAAAUAGAAGAGGAUCACUGCAGCAGGAAUGUACCACCAGUUCGUCUGCGACACAGACGAUCACGCUCUGCGGGAGACAGAUGGGUAGCUCAUAAGCCUGCCUCUAACCUGCAAACUGAGACAGUCAUGCAGCCACAGGUCCCUCACGCCAUCACUGUAUCUGUUGCAAAUGAAAAGGCACUAGCUAAGUGUGAGAAGUACAUGCUGACCCACCAGGAACUAGCCUCCGAUGGGGAGAUUGAAACUAAGCUAAUUAAGGGUGAUGUUUAUAAAACAAGGGGUGGUGGACAAUCCGUCCAGUUUACUGAAAUUGAGACUUUGAAACAAGAAUCACCAACUGGUCGAAAACGAAGAUCUUCCACAAUAGCACCUGCCCAACCAGAUGGAACAGAGUCUGAAUGGACCGACGUAGAAACAAGGUGUUCUGUGGCUGUAGAGAUGAGAGCAGGGUCUCAGCUGGGGCCUGGGUAUCAGCACCACGCACAACCCAAGCGCAAGAAGCCAUGAAUGACAGUCCCAAUAACAAAAGAACAUUUUCAUUUGUGUUGGUGAUUUCUCCAAAGCAAUGCCAGAAGGAGUCUUCUGAAUGAAUCAUCUUGUAGAACUCCAGCUUUGUUGAAUACCACAGACCUCAGAUAUGUCAUCAUACACUGGCCUACAUAAAGAUUCCCCUAUGGCUCCAAAGAUAUCUAGGAUUCUACAAACUUGUUAUAUUAUACACCUUGCCAUAUUUAAUAUUAAUAACAGAGAAAGACACCUCUCUUUCUCAUGCCGUAUGAACUUUUUUAUAAUGCUAUUUUUUUGUAUAUUUCUUGUAUACUUAUAAACUAAUUCAUGCAUGUAUUUGUCUUGGCUGAUUAAGAAAGAAUAUAUCUAGAUCACGCUUUGCUUUUUAUUGUGACUCUUCUACUUCCUGUCUGAAUAUUUAAGGGUUUAUAAACAAAACAAAUGCUGCUACUGAUUAGCUGCAAGAAUGCACUUUAGACAUAUAUUUGACAAUUCAAACGACAUAUAUUUGACAAUUCAAACUUUCAAAAUAAAGAAAGAUAUCAGAGACUGGCCAAUACUAAAACCAUUUUAGGAAGGUGUUCUGAAUUUUGUAUAUAUGUACUUUCUGACAUUUAGAUAUACCAAAAGAAUUGAAAUAAAAAGCACUAAA